AUGAGUGGGUUUCAACUAACUGAGAGAGACUUCUACAAGAUCUUUACUGAUAAGACCAGAUUUGACGCUCCAAAUAACGGGGUUUACCAAAUUCAAAACACUAGAAAGACAGAUCCAAACAGUAAUAAGAAUGCUGAAUCUGCUAGAAAGCAUCUAGUCAUGCUUUCUGAUGGUUCUUUCCAUAUGAAGGCCCUUGCAAGAAAUGCAGCUGCUGCUAAAUUUGCCUCUUUGGAAUUACAAAAAGGCGAUAUUAUUCGUGUCCUUGAAGCUGAAGCUGCUAUUGUUAAGGACAAGAAGAAAUUUGUUUUAUUGAUCGAUGAUAUGGAAGUUGUUAGAAGAGGGGUGGAGCCAAUCAAUGGUAGCACUAUUUUCUUAGAUAAAUAUUUUGAAGAACAUCCAGAUGAAUAUAUUAGAGACUUCGUGGUUCCUGUAUCAAAUAAUUCUGAUUCUUCGAAUGAAAAGAAACUCGAGACCUCUGUGACUCCUACUCCAGUUCCAGCUCCUGUAGUUCAACAGGCUACUGAACACAAGUUUGCACAAUCAACAAUGUCUUCUUCUCAGAAAGGCAAACCUAUCUUUGCCAUUGAACAAUUAUCUCCAUAUCAAAAUGUUUGGACCAUUAAAGCUAGAGUAUCUUACAAAGGUGAAAUUAAAACUUGGCAUAAUCAAAGAGGUGAAGGUAAAUUGUUAAAUGUCAAUUUCUUAGAUACCUCUGGUGAAAUUAGAGCUACAGCAUUUAAUGAUAUGGCUGUUAAAUAUAAUGAAUUAUUACAAGAAGGAAAAGUCUAUUAUGUGUCUAAAGCAAGAUUACAACCAUCUAAACCUCAAUUCACUAACUUGUCUCAUCCAUACGAGUUGUCUCUAGACAGAGAAUCGGUUAUUGAACCAAGUGAAGAUGAAGCUAACGUUCCAAAGACUCAUUUCGAUUUUGUCAAAUUAAGUGCAAUUGAAAAUCAAGAAGAAAAUGCUACUGUUGAUGUUCUCGGAAUAAUUCAAACUGUUAACCCACAUUUCGAAUUAACCUCCAGAGCUGGUAAAAAAUUCGAUCGUCGUGAUAUUGUUAUUGUUGAUGACUCUAAUUACUCUAUCACAGUUGGUCUAUGGAAUCAAUUAGCAUUGGAUUUCAAUCUACCGGAAGGGUCCGUCGUGGCAAUUAAAGGUGCUCGUGUCUCUGAUUUCGGUGGGAAAUCUUUAUCGAUGGGUUUCACAAGUACAUUGAUGCCAAACCCAGAAGUUCCAGAAGCAUAUUCAUUAAAAGGUUGGUAUGAUGCUACCGGCCAUUCUGGUAACUUUACCUCUUUGAAACAAGAAGUAGGAGCUGGAGCAGGUGCUGGUGAUUCCACCAAAUUUAUUGCUCAACGUAUUACUAUUCAAAAGGCACAAAAUGAAAACUUGGGUAGAAGUGAAAAGGGUGAUUAUUUUAAUAUUAAAGCAGCAAUCAAUUUUUUGAAAGUAGACAAUUUUGCUUAUCCAGCUUGUUCUAAUGAGAAUUGUAACAAGAAAGUCGUUGAACAAUCUGAUGGAACUUGGAGAUGUGAAAAAUGUGAUACUAAUAAUGCAGCACCACAAUGGAGAUAUAUGUUGACAAUUUCUGUGCUUGAUGAGACAAACCAAUUAUGGUUGACAUUAUUUAAUGAACAGGCUGAGCAAUUAUUAGGUGUUGAUGCUAAUGAACUAACAAAAUUAAAGGAUGAAAAUCCAGAUGAGUUUACAAAAGUAACCCAAAGUAUUCAAAUGAAUCAAUAUGAUUUUAGAGUUAGAGCUAAAGAAGAUACUUAUAACGAUCAAACAAGAAUAAGAUACACUGCUGCUAAUAUUCAUAAAUUGAACUUUAAAUCAGAGGCUGAUUAUCUAGCUACUCAAUUAUCAGAGGCGCUACAUGUGUAA